AUGGGGCUCAUUCAAUGCCUUGACUCUUCAUUCCCCCUCGUGUUCUUACCCUCACCUUUCAUUUCAACUCCCCUUCGUGCUCGAACGAUGCGUUACGUUACUUCUGUUCUGGCACUUUCUCUCUUGGUGGGCGUUGCCAAUGCUCAGAUAGUCAGGCAGCUUCAGAGCACUAAUCCCGAUUUCAGGGCAGCGGGUAAACAGGGAUGUAUUUCGACUUCAGAAAACGCGAAUGGCGCUCCCGUUAUCAUUCAUGACUGCAACAACGAAGACGUUUCGAAACAUUCUUGGGCCGUUUCCCCUUGGAUUGUUGGUCCACAGUCUUUUCCGAGUAUCCCUUCUUUGAUGAAGAUUUUUGGCGAUAAGUGUCUCGACGUCAAAGAUGGAAUGAAUGCCGACGGGACCAAGCUUCAGCUAUGGACCUGUGACCCUGGAAACACCAAUCAACUGUGGAUUUCUCAGACAGACAACAGCUGGAAUUGGGCUGGAACGAACAAGUGUAUUGAUCUCACCGACGGUAACAUCUCGGAUGGAAACCAGCUCCAAUUGUGGACUUGCGUUUCUGGUUCGAGCAAUCAGCAAUUUGGGAAUUAUCAAGUUCCCAACGAUCGCUCUGAGAGGCAGUUGCUCUAUGCGGGCGAUGCUAAUUCCGACGAUAUCGUCUGUAUGACUGCUACUUCCAACACGGACGGUGCACGCGUCGUCCUUGGCGACUGCAGCGACGGCAGUGGUCGUACCUCCGCGUUCCCUGACGGAACCCAAUGGUUCACGGCCCCUCAGGAUCCCCUCAGCGGUCUCAUCGAGACCUUCGAUGGUUCCAAGUGCCUCGACCUCCCAGACGGAGACGCGACGAACGGGAAGAAAUUGCAGAUUUGGAGCUGUGUUGAGGGAAGCUUGAACCAACAGUUCAAGAUUUUGAAUCCUUGGCCGUGGGCAAUUACAUGGGCCGGCUCCGGCAACAAGUGUCUCCAGAUACCCAAUGGCAAUUUCACCGAAGGCAAUGAGAUUGAGAUUUGGGAUUGUGAUAGCACCAAAGUCAGCCAACAUUGGUUUUAAGCCUUGGCUGCGGGCGUAAAUGGAUAGCUUUUGGAAAUGGUGCGCAAUAAAUAUGGACCUUACUUUUUAUUUUGCCAGUUACCUGUAAAUAUGACCGAAAAACACAGUCUUCGUG